UUUACAAACUCCUUUCCAAAUUCAUGGCUAAUUCAUUGAUUGGUGUUAGUUGUGGAAUGGACAAUUUUGAUAAAAGAUUUGGCCAAGUCAUUUCUUCUGAUGUUAUUCAUCCUGUGGAAUUGACUGAGAAGAAUUUUGUUGAGGCUGUUAAUGGGGAUGCUGAUUUUGUUAAGAAAUUGGUUCCUUUUGCCGCCGAUGACGAAAAUUCAAAUUGUGAUGAGAAGAAAAAGAAGACAACAUUUGUUGACUUCAAUGGAAUGCCAGUUAAUGAUCCUCUUCCAAUCUUUCCUCUCAGCAUGACACUUGAAGAUGUUUUCAAAACGUUGCAAGCUGAUGUUCGUUUUCUGCCAACAUUGGUUGCUCUCAAAAAGUUGAAUUUGAAGAUUCCUCAAUUGUUAAUUAAUGGAAAUAUUGGUGGACGUGCAAAUCGUUAUGGCCUUGUCGACAUUACCGACGCCAAUGGACAAAUUGUUCUUGCAUCUUCUGGCAUUGCUCGUCACAAAAAAAAUUGCAAAAUGUCUGAAAAUCUCGACAAAGAGGCGGCCAAGCAAGCCGUUUAUUUGCGUGCUAUUGACAACAUUAAAGAGGUUACUGCGAAUGGCACCGCUAGCGUGGAGAAAAUUUCAAGUGUGGCUUUGACUCUCCUGGAGAAAAUGUCAUCUGAGUCUUCGUCUCUCAUGAAGAGUAUAGUGGACACGCUCAAGGAGAACAAGGUGGGAGGCAAACUUACUCCAGAAGACGUCUUGAUGGAUUCGCGAACGCCGACGCCAAAGAAUGAAUAA